AUGGAGAUACCAAAGACGCUUAGUACACCGGCUGAGGCACAAUCCGCCACCUAUUCUUCUAUCACGAAGAUGCCGCGAUAUACAUAUUACCUGUCUAACUAUCAGUAUUUGGGGCCUUCCGUAAAUCACAACACCAUAGGGGAGGAUGACAAGAGCCAUGUAACAUCACCAAAAUUCGGAUUGGAUAAUAAUAUUGAUAAUUCGGGUCUUACACCAGGUGAUGGUCAAGGUGUAUCCGGUAAUUCUACGGUAUUGUCAACGCCACAAACAGCUUCACAAGCUCAAGAAUAUGAUGUUGGACAGCUAGCGGCACCAUUUGAAGGUCACGGCUACAAUGGAAGCCAAACUACAUCUGUAGUAAAAGGUGAUGGUGUUAUGUGGGCGUCUGACCGGCAAAAUCAAUCUAAAGUGUGUUCGGUUGAUGCAAACGACGAACUAGGUUCUGCGUCAGUAGCUGAUGAUUGCGGUAGCCAUUAUUCAGACUCAUCUAUGCUUUUUGAAGACCAACGUAACCUACGUACCACAAUGUAUGUCGAUCAACCUCUAGCUGAUAAAAGGCAACGAUGGAUGGCAAUGUACGCAUCUGGCAAUGUUGAGGAGUUUCGAAAGAAACAAAAGGAGAUUAUGGAUAAUAUUGCCCGUGAGUUGACUGCUGAUAGUGAUUUAUUAGAGUUUCCAAUCCGUUGCAUCUGUGUUUGGGGUGAGACUGCUUCUGACGGCAAAUUUGACCCACUAUAUAUUAGAGUGGGUGACGUGUUGGUCAAUAGAUACCAUGUCACUGAGGUUAUAGGGAACACAGCAUUUUCUGUGGUCCUCCGCGCCCGUGACGAACGCAAUGCUGAAGAUGUAUGUAUUAAGAUUAGUAUGCCGGAUACUGUAAGCCAGGCUAUCGAUGAAAUCAACUUGUUGAAAAUACUAAACACCAUCAGUAUUGAAGAGAGCCGUGGUAUCGUGCAACUGAAGGAUUAUUUCUAUUUUAGAGGAUCAGUAUUUGCAGUUUUAGAAAUUUUAGGCGCCAAUCUUUACGAGGCAACCCGUGAAUUGUAUAACAAGCGUAAACUGCGAUUGUCACCAGGAAGACUUCAGGAACCUUGCCAGUACAUGGAUCUAGAUGAGCUUGGUUGGACAUUGAAAUCGAUAUCAAAGAUGGCCUACGAUAUCCUCACAUCUCUGAAGUACAUGCAUCGUCUAGGUAUGAUAAAUUGUGAUUUGAAGCCGGAAAAUAUUGUCGUCAACAACGGUUCUGAUACACCUUUUGUGAAGCUCAUAGAUUUCGGAUCAAGUUGUUACAUCCAGGAACGUCUGAGCGAUUAUGUACAAAGUCGUUCAUAUCGCGCACCAGAGGUUAUCAUGGGUCUGCCAUAUGACACUCAGAUUGAUAUAUGGAGUUUGGGCUGUGUAUUGUGUGAAUUAUACAUCCAAAGGAUCCUCUUCCCCAGUGACAACAAUGCCACCCUAAUGGCAUCUAUGAUUAGCCUGUUGGGAGUGCCUCCGGUGUACAUGCUUGAGCAUAAGAUGAACAGUACUUUCAUGGUUUUACCUAACGGUAACGUUGCUGACUUGACUGUUCGUGCUGAUAUAUUAAAAGACCGUCAGAAGGCCUUUAAUUCUGACUAUCAAUCAUCUCUUCGGUGUAAUAUUUCUGUGAGCAAUUCUUCAAUGGGUUCUGUGAUUACGUCCCAUUUAGGACUUAAGACUGAGCUGAACACCACUGCUGACUAUGACUCUUUUGUUGAUGCUAACGAGAGUCAACUUGAUUCCCAUGGUGGCAUUUCUUUGCAGCAGAACACUAACAUCACCCCGGGUAAAUAUUCGAUAAUGCAGGAUAGGAUGCUAUCACAAUGUGCUGGUAGCACACAUUUGAAUCAGGCUGGUAAGGGCAUAAAGCUCGACAUCUGUGACGGUCGUUCUAAUGCCAAGUGUGUACGUAUAAUUGAGCCAACUAGGUGUACGAUUGACGGUAUGCUGAACACUACAAGUUCGCCUUCCUUGGCUAUAUUUGGUGACUUUAUCAAGGGGCUACUGCAGUAUGAUCCUUUGGAACGCCUUACUGCAGAGACAGCCCUGUCACACAAAUUCAUUACAGAUUACUUAAACGCUGCUUAA